UAGUGCUGGAAAGCGAGUCGAAGGAAGCUGUGCUGGAAAACGAUUCAAGGGAAGCUAUGUUGGAAAUCAGGCCUCUUUCAUUUCAUGUGCGACGUUGUAAGUCGUUCUGGGAAAAUAAAAAUCACAUUUUCAAUAAUCUGAACGUAAUGGCACCCCGCCGAAGUCCACGUAUUUUGGCGGCCAACCAGGCGUCCCCUGCCGCCCAGCCCUUGGCCCGACGCGCUGCGUUCCUCCGCGCAGUGGAGGCCAUAUCCGCUCCCAGGCGCCGCAGGACCACCACCACUGCCAGCCGGCGCCGUGCAAUCCAGAUCGCUGCCAACGAGCCGCCCGCUGAGGACCCUCCCGUUGUCAACCGCCGCGAGAUUAACCGCGUCCGCGUCAACGCCGUAGUGUAUUUGGAUGGUGUCUGGCACCCCACAACCCGUGAGAACUUCGAGUACUUCGAGAUGUUAUUCCAACAGCGUGCCGAUCUUGAAAUGGCGGAGGCUAUGACCGCUGGCCGUGGACCUGCGGCGCCAGAAAAUGUAAUGGACACUGAAUUAGGCGUACGCCGCCUCCGCAGGGAGAUGGCGAACAUGACGAGCAAUCCGACGGAGGGGUGCACAGUGGAGUUAGUUGACGACUGUAUCUACGACUGGAAGGCCGUUAUUCUCGGGCCCUUGGACACGCCCUACGAGGGCGGCCACUUUGAACUGCGCCUUCACUUUCCGCACGCGUACCCGUCUCUACCACCGGCUAUACUGUUCCGUACAAGGGUGUACCACUGCAAUAUUUACCAGCAAGAUAUCUGCGUGGAUAUUCUGCACUCGGCUUGGUCGCCCGCCCUGACCGUGGAGAAGAUACUUUUGUCCAUCCGGUCUCUGCUGUCGGACCCCAACCCCGAUAGCCCCCUGAACUGCGCCGCUGCCGCGCUGUACAAGACGAACCGCGAGGAGCACGACCGCAUGGCACAGGAGUGGACCGCCCGCUACGCCCAGCCAGUGGACUCAACGUCUGAAUAAUCCCAAACAUCUCAUCCACGGCUACACAGCGUUUUCUAAAUUCUUUGAGAAUCUUUGUUGGUAUCUGUCACUAAACACACAUGAACAUGGGCUACAUGGUAACAUAUACAUACAAUUAUUUUUUGACUGAAAUAAAGGCCUAGGCCAUGAUCACUGAGAA